UAUGCUGUCGAAGCCUAACCUGGAACCAGUGUUCUCUGUUUUAAUUCCCCUGUCCCAGACGCGAACUUACGGUUGCAUACUGUUUUUUGAAGUCCAGGGGAUUUCCAAGAAUUCAGCUUCCUUGGAAUGAGAGGUUAAACACGGUCUUUUGAAGGGCAUGGCGCAUUGACAUUAACCGACUCGAAACCGAUUCCUGUUGAGCAGACGUUUUAAACAACUAGAAAUGAAGCUACCUCGUGUUAUCUUAAGUACGGACCCGGUCAAAUUUCGGUUUUAUCUCUGUACAUAUCCAAUUCUUUUCUAAAUUCGGGCAAUGGAAUUAGAGGUUGCAGCGAAUUUCGGGACUAGAACUGCUGCAUUCCGCCUCCUCCUAAAGCCCCUCCCUAAAUUGGUAAUCAAUGAUCUGUCUUCCCUCCAAAUUCCAUAUAACUAUCCCGUCCCUAUUCCAUAUCCUCCGUCUCUCUCCUACAGGCAGCCUUGGGCCAUCCAAGGGGGUGUGCAUGGCAAACCAUUUCAAGAUGAAGGCCUCUGGCUGCUUCCUCGUCCUCUCCCUCCUCCUCGUCUCCUCCUCGUUCCCGACCCCCUCCCUCGCCCUCUCAGAUGCCGAGGCAGCCUUCAUUGCCCGGCGCCAGCUCUUGCACCUCAAGGAGGACGGUGACCUCCCUGAUGAUUUUGAAUAUGAGGUGGAUGUUAAGGUGACCUUUGCCAACCAGCGCCUCCGGAGGGCCUACAUUGCCCUCCAGGCCUGGAAGAAGGCCAUCUAUUCCGACCCGUUCAACACCACUGGGAACUGGGUUGGUGCAAAUGUGUGCGGGUACACGGGCGUCUUCUGUUCUGCAGCGCUCGAUGACCCAAGCCUGAGCAUUGUCGCCGGCAUAGACCUCAAUCACGCCGACAUCGCUGGGUACCUUCCCCCCGAGCUGGGGCUUCUCACUGAUACUGCACUUUUCCAUCUGAAUUCCAACCGGUUCUGCGGGAUCAUCCCAAAGAGCCUUUCCAAGCUCCGGCUCAUGCACGAGUUCGAUGUCAGCAACAACCGCUUUGUGGGUUCUUUUCCCACUGUAGUCCUCUCAUGGCCGGCAGUCAAGUACAUUGAUCUCCGGUACAACGACUUCGAAGGACAGCUGCCUCCUGAGCUUUUUGAGAAGGACCUGGAUGCAUUGUUCUUGAACAACAACAGGUUCUCAUCGGCCAUCCCGGAUUCGGUUGGCAAUUCUACCGUCUCGGUGGUGACAUUCGGGAAUAACAAUUUCACUGGUUGCAUUCCCCACACCAUCGGUAAAAUGGCCAACCUGAAUGAGAUUAUAUUCUUGAACAACGGUUUGGGCGGUUGCUUCCCUGACGAACUCGGGAGUCUCGGCAACUUGACAGUCUUCGAUGCUAGUUCUAACUCUUUCACCGGUUCGCUCCCGAAGACUUUGGCAGAGCUGAAGAAUGUCCAGUUCCUGGAUGUUUCAUCCAACCAGCUGACAGGACAGGUGCCCGGAAACGUCUGCAAAUUGCCAAGCCUGAGGAACUUCACAUUCUCUAACAACUACUUCAGCGGCGAGGACAGCGCCUGCAUACCAUCUUCGGAGACGGCUGUCGUGUUCGAUGACGUGAACAACUGUGUGCCCCAGAGGCCAAAGCAGAAGCUGCCAAAGGCAUGCUUGCCAGUUACCAGGCGACCGGUUGAUUGCAGCAAGAGCUGCGGAGCAGGCCAGUCCACUCCCUCUGGACCAACACCUCCGUCGCCUCCAUCACCAGCCAAACAGACUGUGCCUCCACCUAUGUCAACAUCGCCGCCACCGCCAGUCCAGUCUCCUCCUUCGCUGGUCCACUCUCCGCCACCACCAGUCCAGUCACCUCCCCCACCGCCGGUGCAAUCCCCACCUCCACCAGUCUACUCUCCACCUCUACCCGUCUACUCUCCCCCGCCACCAGUCCACUCUCCACCACCUCCCGUCUACUCACCGCCCCCGCCGGCCCAUUCCCCCCCACCACCUCCAGUCCACUCCCCACCCCCUCCAGUCUUCUCUCCUCCACCCCCAGUGCAUUCCCCACCCCCUCCAGUCUUCUCUCCUCCACCGCCAGUGCACUCCCCUCCACCACCACCGCCGCCGGUGCACUCCCCGCCACCGCGUGUCUUCUCCCCACCACCUCCCGUCAACUCUCCACCCCCACCAGUUGCUUCUCCACCUCCUGCUGUGGUCCAUUCUCCUCCACCACCAACCUAUGAGAACGUCGUCUUGCCACCGAUAUUCGGAUCCCAGUACUCAUCGCCGCCUCCUCCGGUGUACCCGGGCUACUAAGCGCCUCUCAUAUAUUACAUCUUAGCUAUUUGUCUAUUUCCCUGAGUAGUUUCAAAAUGAAAUAGAUGCUUUUCCCAAGUUGAGAUUGUAUUCACUCUGCCUAAGAUCUUCUUGUCCAUGCUUCCAGCUAUCCAUCCGAAUACUUAUGCCGAAAGCUCAAACAUCAG